CGCCCGUGACGUCACGUCCUCUGCCGCUUCCACGCGCCGCGGUUCCGCUCGUGAAGACCCGAGUGCCUGGAAAAUAAACACGAAUAUAAACCCUUACCUUUAAAAUAAUCAUAAACACGGCCCCGGAGUCAUGGCGACGACAUUCGAGCAGAUGAGAGCGAACGUCGGCAAACUUCUGCGAGGCAUCGACAGGUAUAACCCGGAGAAUCUGUCCACGCUGGAGCGGUACGUGGACACACAGGCCCGAGAGAACGCCUACGACCUGGAGGCUAACCUGGCUGUGCUCAAACUGUACCAGUUUAACCCGGCGUACUUCCAGACGACGGUCACGGCUCAGAUCCUGCUGAAAGCGCUCACUAACCUCCCGCACACAGACUUCACGCUCUGUAAGUGUAUGAUCGACCAGACCCACCAGCAGGAGGAGCGUCCCAUAAGACAGAUCCUGUAUCUGGGAAACCUGCUGGAGACCUGCCACUUCCAGAGCUUCUGGGUACACUCACACACACACACACACAGACACAGACACAGACAGACACAGACACACACACACACACACACACACACACACACACACACACACACACACAGACACACACACACACACACAGUCAGUUUAUGA